AUGACCAGGUUGGGGUGGAUCGACUCCAAUGAAGUCAACCAAAUCCGUUACAGCCACUUUGGCUACGCCGUUGUAACCGAUCGAGGCUUGAAGGUAAUUUCGUUGAAUUCCAAGGUGUGGAGCACAAAGAAUUUGUACAAUUUCAUCAGCACAGAAAGCCCGGACAGGUUUGGAGUUUGGAGCUUUUUAGUGGAAGAGCUCUUGGAUAGUGAGCAGAAUAACCAAAGAGUUUGGAUCAUUGGUGAGCAUCCACCAAGUGUGGACUCUAUGCCCAUUGCGUCUCAGGUAUUUCUUACCAUUGUUAGAAGAUUUUCUCCCAAGGUUAUUGCUGCGAUUCUCUUUGGACAUGAGGACGAAUUUUACCAGGUUAUCUACGACACCGAUUGCAAAGAAACUUCCGAAGGAGCUGUUGCGUUUGCAUUAAUGGCUCCGCCAAUCAGUCCGUUCCAAGGCUCGAAUCCAGGUUGGCGGUACUAUGCCGUUGACGAAGAUACCUUUGAUAUUGUCAACUCGUUCACAUUUUACACCCCUUUGAACGAAUCUUAUGUGAAUUCUGGAGCGGAACCAGCAUGGAAAUUUGGUUAUUCAGCAAGAGAAUUGCUUGAUCCUUGCGAAACCUGGGCUCCGGAAGAACCAUUAUGGCCCAGUUUUUGGCAUUCUGUGAGUAUGGCACUUCUUAAUGAUUCGUCUAUAGCCUCCACUCUUGAAGGUGUGCGUCGAAGAUGGUCUCCAUACACUGAUUGUCAAUUAAUUGAUGAUUACCGUGAUAACCUCCAUUGCUUAACUACCAGCUUUACCCUGGAUCAGAAGCACGAUUGCAUGGGUUCGGGUGAACAAAACGACUUCUUUGAGCCUCAGUGUCUGGCUGAAACUCCUCGCAAGUUACCACCCUAUUUACCUCCCCAAUACUAUGAGGAGUAUGUGGAAAGUCUGAAGGCUCGUGCGGUGACGAAACAUGGGAAGAAAUUUGUUGACUCGGUGACCAAUUAG